UGAGUCAGUGAAUUAGUUUAGUUGAGCUGCACUGCCAGUCUGCCAACAAGUAAUCGGUAAUAAUUUCCACACUCCACAUCCUUCUCCUUUAUUUGGGUUUCUUUUCUCAUUUUUAAAUUGCCCAUUAGUUCUAUUAGAUUUGACUGUUUGCAUCACAAGUUUUCGAAAUUCAAGCUUCAUUACAUAUUAGCCUUUUGUGUGUAUAAGCCUUGAAGAUCGUGGGUUUGUGCAUGUCAGACUAUGAUAGUCAUGUUUAUUGUGAAGUUGGGAACUUGAAGAGAGAGAGAGAGAGAGAGAGAGAGAGAGAGAGAGAGAGAGGGAGGGAGGGUGAGGAAGAGGGAGGGAGAGAGAGAGAGAUAGAGGGUCUUUUCUUGAAUUUAUGCGAGGAUUUGAAUUAGAGGGUUAAAAAGAGAUUUGGGUUUUUGCAAGUAAUUUAAGAGUGAUAGUUUUUGUAUGUGUAUGUGUUUGUGUGAGAAUUGUAUUGACUGUCUAGUUGGAAGAUAUGGGGAAGGAAAGGGUAUUUUCUUGAUUUUAUGUGGGAGGUUAGAUUAGAGGAUUGAAAAGAGAAUCGAGGUUUGAGGAAUUUAUGUAUUGCAAUGACUUUGACAAGUCUGUAUCAUGCUGUUUCGCAUUCAAUGAUAAGGGUUCCGGAUAUUGCGUUGAAAGGACUCAUGGAUAGUAGGGGGGACAUUGUGGAAGAGAUUGCGGUGGGGGAAGAAGAAAUGGUCUAUGUUUCAGUUAGCAAAAAUGUCAAGGAGAGUGAAUCAACUUUGAAAUGGGCAGUGCGCAAUUUUCAUGGGAAGAAGUUGUGCAUCCUCCAUGUUCAUCAGCCAUCAAAGAAAAAGCCCUCAAUGGGUACAAAAUAUUCAUUUAGUCGACUCAAAGAUCACCAAGCCAGAACUUACCAUGAUACUGAGAGACAACAUAUGCAAAGUGUUCUGGAAACAUAUGGGCUGAUCUGUGAACGGGCAGGGGUGUGGGCAGAAACCCUGCAUAUUGAAAUGGACUCCAUCGAGAAGGGCAUUGUGGAGCUCAUCUCCAUGAACAAUAUCAGGAGGCUUGUAAUGGGAGCUGCCGCAGACAAACUAUAUUCAAAAAAAAUGAUUGAGCUGAAGUCCAAGAAAGCAAUAUAUGUUUGCCAGAAAGCGCCCAUGUCCUGUCACAUUUGGUUUGUCUGCAAUGGAAACCUCAUAUACACCAGGAGAGGUGACUUAGAUAAAGCUAGCGGCAAAGUGUUUUCUCCACCACCUCCAUUACCUUCAAACUGUCAUGUACAGUCGAGCUCCCCAAGACAGAGUUCUGGUCAAGAAUGGCGAUGUAGUGAAUUGGCCAUUUCAGCCAGUCAGUUCCCCAAAGUAAGGUCAGCAAUUUCUUCCCAAGAUGCCAGUGGAGGGACAACUCCAAGUAGCAGCUUAAAUAAUGAAAGAAACUUGUAUGCUUGGGAUAAUAUUUCAAGGAGUGAUUCAGCAGAUUCAUUUGUUUCUCCGCGUUCUUCUAUUGAAGUGGUAGAAAACUCAUCUCUUCUAAAAUUUUCAAGACCUGAGAGGAGCCGAAAUGGAAUAGAGUUUCGUGCAAUACUUAAUUGUGACGAGGGUCUGUAUAAUUCAUCACCUCCUAGUGCACAGGAAGAGAUUGCAAGUGACAAACUCUAUGACGAGCUUGAGAAAACUAUGGCAGAGGCCGAAAAUUCCAGGCAAAAAGCAUUUGAAGAGACAAUCAAGUGUAGGAAGGCUGAAAAACGUGCUACCGAAGCCAUCCUCAGGGCUAAAGCUUCAGAAAGCUCAUUUACUGAGGAAUUGAAACAGAAGAAAGAACUUGAAGAAGCAUUAGCUAGUGGGAAAGAAGAAAUCGAAAAGCUGAAGCCCAAGUUAGAUGAGAUUAUGAAGGAGUUGCAGUUUGCUCUUGAACAGAAAUCAUCUCUGGAGUUCCAAAUCAGAGAUUCUAAUGAGACAGUGCAGGAGCUGGAACAAAAGAUAUUCUCGGCUGUUCAUCUAUUACAACGCUACAAGAAGGAACGGGACGAAUUGCUAGUGGAGCGUGAUAAUGCAGUUGGUUUAGCUGAGGGACUAAAGAAAAACCCAGUAGAAGAUACCUCAAUUGCACGUGUGACUCAGUUUUACACUGAGUUUUCUUUAUCAGAAAUCGAAGCAGCCACUCACGGCUUUAACCCAUCCUUGAAGAUCGGAGAAGGGGGUUAUGGAAAUAUAUAUGCAGGCAUCCUUCGUCAUACUCAAGUAGCUGUAAAAGUGCCGCACUCUAAUAGCUUGCAAGGUCCUUUAGAGUUUGAACAAGAGGUCAAUGUAUUGAGUACGCUGAGGCAUCCGAACCUUGUCACACUUAUAGGAGCCUGCUCAGAAGCUCGGAUCCUCGUAUACGAGUAUCUUCCCAAUGGAAGCCUUGAGGAUCGUCUCAACUGCAAGGAAAACACACCGCCACUAUCUUGGCAAACUAGGGUCCGUAUUGCUGCAGAGCUGUGUUCUGUACUCGUUUUUCUUCAUUCUUGCAAACCCCGCAGCAUUAUACAUGGUGAUCUAAAACCAUCAAAUAUACUCUUGGAUACCAAUCACGUGAGCAAAUUAAGUGAUUUUGGAACCUGCUCUCUGAUCUCUCGAGAUGAGUUGUCAAGCAACAACACAACGAUAUGUUGUCGACCAGAUUAUGCAAAGGGCACUUUUCCAUAUAUUGACCCUGAAUAUCUUUCCACAGGAGAGCUUACUCGAAAGUCUGAUGUCUACUCAUUUGGAAUUAUAUUGUUAAGACUAUUAACCGGAAGACCAGCCUUGGGAAUAGCAAAGGAUGUGCAAUCUGCACUAGAUAAAGGGAAUCUGAAAGACUUGCUGGAUUGUACAGCAGGAGACUGGCCAUUUGUGCGAGCUAAACAAUUGGCUCAACUUGCAUUGAGUUGUUGUGAGAUGAGUCGUAAUAAAAGGCCUGAACUGAUUUCAGAAGUAUGGCGAAUGCUAGAACCGAUGAAAUUUUCUUGCGGAGCCUCAUCAUUCAAGCGUGGUUCGGAGGACCAUUUGCAGAUACCCCAUUUCUAUAUGUGUCCAAUCUUCCAGGAAAUCAUGCAAGAUCCUGUUGUGGCAGCUGAUGGAUAUACAUAUGAAACCGAGGCUAUAAAAGGGUGGCUUGAGAGCGGAAAUGAUAAAUCACCAAUGACAGAUCGAAAGCUUGCAAAUGACAUUCUCGUUCCCAACCACGCCCUUCGUUCUGCAAUUCAGGAGUGGCUGCAGAAAUCCUAAAACACUCUUCACCAGUUACUUCUAUUUCUGACAAAAUGUCUACCCUUCUUCGUCAAAAAAAAAAUGUCUACCCUUCCGGCGUUCGUUGUACUCGGAGGUUGCUUUUAGCAUCGCAAAUGUAUAGAAUUUAAGUGUUAGGUACCGCAGAUGUAUAUUAUAGCAGAGUAUCUGAAGAGACUGACUGCUGAGUGCAGUUUUGUUAUUAGUUGAACAUAAAUCUAAUAAUAAAUUAAAUUAUAAUA